AUGGAUCAAAAGAAGCUGCUUAAUUGGUAUGACCAACAAUCCUCACGGGUCGUAGACCUUGUGGGAGACUUUGUCGGCCGCGAGCUUUUCAUCAUCGAUGGUGAUUCGCUUCUGCUCGAGUGCUUCGCCAAUCAGAAGCUAGAUUUUCACCCCGGCUUCCAGCUACUACAUGCGACAUAUCUUGUGGAGAAAUACUUGCAAAAACUUCAACAGCGCAAAUGUGUUUUUGAAAUCGUGUUCUUUGCCCAAAAUGCUCAUCUCUGCGUUCCGAGUGGAGUUGAUGAGGAUGUGCAGAACCGAUAUCUUCUCGCCCGAGAGGUUAUCAUUCAACAUCUCGAUUCAAUCUCUCUUCAAUCUGGAAACUCCCUCACAGUUCGGAAAUUCGAGAAUUUCCGGUCUCCACAAUUCGAAGAACACUUGACGGUUUCGGGAGCUUACUUGUUCAUGUGUCACGAUGGAGCUUUUGGAGACUCCGAUAAGAAGGGUUCAAAGAACGAAGAGGCUUCUGAGGAUGGACAGGAUUUGGAGGAUGAAAAAGAAUCGGAGGUCAAGGACAAUUGGUGCUCAGACUCCGAGAUCAAUAGCGACGACGACGAUAAUGACGAUGACGAUGACGAUGACGAUGAUGACGAUGAAGACGACGAAACUUUCGAUGAUGCAGGAAGCGACCAAAGCGAGGCUGACGCUCCUGCAAGUAAACCAACAUCUAGAGUGCUACUCAGACAAAUGAUCUAUUGGUUCGUUUCUCAUGGGUGCAACAUCUCUCUCAUCAAUAGUCUCGAGUUUCGUGAUACAAAGGUGAUGUCCAUGGUCGUCGAGGGAACUUCCAUCCUGACAGAUCAAUCUUCUUUAUCCGAGACCUUUGGGCUGGGCGCACUUACCCUGGACAGCCAAUCGGCGGGAAUCUCGGAGACGGACACAAUCACUGCUCUGGGAGCUUUAGACCUGGAGGCCGUUAAAACCAUUAUUGAGAAGGUGAUCCACGAGCAACCGUCACUGACUCAACGUCAAUGUCUUUUGAUCGUUACCCUUGCGACCAUUCUGGGGAACGUUACUGCCACCAGCGCUAAAGAUACACCGGGAGCCCAGGCCAUGAUUCUACACCUUAUCCUUCUACAAGAUACUCGACUCGAAGACCGAGCUGUACGGGCCGCCAAUUCAAGUGACCCCAAGUUCUUCGAUCUCUUCUUACAGGUGGCCAAGGUUGUACUCCGCUCAAAGGAUUGGGAAAAGACCAUGAAGACCCACAAUAUUCAGUGUGAUCUUUUGGAUCUAGUCGAUGGAAGAAUGUUCUUUGAGAUUUACACUUUGAUAGAGAAAGUUGGUAUCAAUAGCGCCAUCUCUCCAGAUACCCUUUCACCAUUCAACAACAUCGUAUCCCUGGUUAACCAACUUGGUGGCACAAAGCUUGAACUGGCCACGCUUGGCACAAAGAAACCCAUGAAGGAGAUUAAAAAGCAAACUGCGCCCCAGGGCGACAUGAGAGUCCUCCCAUUCAAGAACAAGGUCUUUGAUCAUCACCUUGAACCUGUCCAUAUUGAGGUAGACGACUCUAUGGACACAGAGGGAGAUCUCAAAGCUUCCAAACUUUUCACAGAUGGAACUCAUUGGCAUAGCUCGAAACCCCUUGAUCCCAAAAAGGCUGAACCUAAGGAGGUUGCUCGGGCCCACAAAAGAAACCAGUUUUAUAUGACAGAAAUGAAGAAGUAUGCCGAGAGCUUGCUGGGAUCUGCAGGAAUGUCUGAGGUGGAUGUUAUUAUUGCUGGUCCCUCAACUCCUGCAAAGGGAACCCCGGUUUCAAAGGGGAACCCGUCUUCAAAGGGAAAUCCUGCAAAGGGAAAAUCGACACCAUCCCAAGUGAGAUCUAACCCAGUUAGAGAACUUGCUGCGGCAGCUAUUCAACAAAAAGCUGUUGAGGCAGAACGAAAGCAAAGGGCGAAGUGGGUGUCUAAACUCGAGACUAUGGCGAAGGGCCCGCAAGAUCCAAUGAGCCGGUUCUAUAUUGCGGAUGAAUACUUGUCAAGCCUAUCGAAAGACAGUCGCAUUGUCCUAGAGGCCCAAGUCCUUGUUUACAUGCUCGAUGCAUCGGUUCAGGCUAUUACUGGUCAUGAAAAUACCAAGGGUGGAAAGCACAUUACGACAACCCACAUCUGGGGAGUGCUGACUCGUCUCAUGAAACUCAAACGGGGAAUCAGUGCCGACAUGGUUGAAUAUGUCGACCACGUCUGCCAACGUCUCGAACUACCAGCUGUUCGUCUCCAAGCCCAGACCAGCCAAACGUUAUGCUUCAAGCCUUCAGUCAUACGCCAGCAGCCUAAUGGUGCCAUUGGAAUGUCUGGAAUAGAUUUCCAGCUUAUGCAUGGCGGUCCGUUCAUGGAACGUAGCAUAGGUUCAUUGCCAGACCCCCGAACGCCCACUUUUGAUCCUGAUCGAUGGCAAAGAGACGUUCUCGAUCAGAUUGAUGCAAAGAAGAGUGCUUUUAUUGUAGCUCCCACAAGUUCCGGUAAAACCUUUAUCUCUUUCUAUGCAAUGAGGCAGAUCCUCAAGGAAGACAAUGAGGGAAUUCUCGUUUAUGUCGCGCCGACCAAAGCUCUCGUCAAUCAAAUUGCUGCUGAAGUACAGGCUCGCUUUGCGAAAUCCUAUCCUGCAAAGACUACUGGAAAGUCAAUUUGGGCCAUUCAUACCAGAGACCAUCGCAUCAACAAUCCCAUGGGGUGUCAAAUCCUCAUCACUGUCCCCCACAUUCUCCAAAUCAUGCUGCUCUCUCCAUCAAAUGCCAAGGCAUGGACCCCUAGACUGAGACGCAUCAUCUUUGACGAGAUCCACUGUAUCGGCCAAGCCGAGGAUGGUGUCAUCUGGGAACAAUUGCUUCUUUUGGCCCCUUGUCCUAUCAUCGCAUUGUCGGCAACUGUUGGUAAUCCGGAAGAGUUCUACAAGUGGCUCAACCAUGCGCAGGGGACAAAUGGGCAUGAUUUGAAGAUGAUUCAGCACAAGUACAGAUAUUCCGAUCUCAGGAAUUAUCGUUACUGUCCUCCUCAAAGCUUUGUAUUCAAGGGAUUCCCUAAUGUUGGUGGCUUGGAUCAAUUGGGACUUGACGAGGCUGAUGAUAUGGAGUUUAUGCAUCCUGUUCUCAGCUUGCUGGAUCGGUCAAGAGGCAUCCCGAAUGACUUUAGUCUUGAACCACGGGACUGUUUGACCUUAUGGAAAGCAAUGAACAAUGCGCAGACAAAAGACUUCCCAGUCGAUCCCCGUCUCAAUCCGUCCUCUGUCUUCUCGGAUGCCAUUAUUGGCAAGAAAGAUGUUAUCGAAUGGCAGAAACCGUUGAUUGAGCUCGUCAACACUUGGAUGAAAAACAGAAACUCUCCAUUCGAAGCUGUCCUCUCUGAGCUGCAUCGGCAGAGUGCCGGUUCUAAAGCCAAGGCUGAUGGUGAAGAUACUCCGUCGAGCUCAACUCAACUAUCUGUAUCGCAGGAAAACCCCCUCCUAUCCACGACCCUUCCAUUGAUCUGCUCGCUUCAGGCUCAACGUGCACUCCCGGCAUUGUUCUUCAAUUACGAUCGCCACAAGUGUGAAGAAAUAUGCGAGCACCUUCUGAACCAGUUGAAGGAGGCAGAAGAAAAAUGGAAAGCAGAAAGCCCAGCUUGGAAGGCCAAGGUUGAGAAGUGGACUGAAUGGAAGAAGGCCAGCGAAGACGCGAAGAAGAAGACCGCCAAACCUCCCAAGAAGAGCAAAUCUGCGGAUAAAGACGAUCCAACAUCUCGUGCCGAUGAGAUGAGAGAUUCAGCAUCUAGCGAAGGCAGCAUGUUGGAGUUCUUCGACCCUGAAAGACCCGUGGAGAAAUUCAGCUUGGCCAAUCCCAAAAAGCUGUUACGUUCGGAGUUUAUGGAGUACGCUGACGAACUUCAAUGGCGUGAAAUUCCACAAUGGCUGAUUGAUGCCCUCGAGCGAGGAAUCGGUGUGCAUCAUGCUGGUAUGAACCGAAAGUACCGACAAAUCUGUGAGAUCCUCUUCCGCAAAGGGUUCUUGCAGGUGGUUAUCGCAACUGGCACUCUAGCAUUGGGUAUCAACAUGCCUUGCAAAACUGUGGUUUUUUCGGGAGAUUCUAUCUUCCUCACGUCACUCAACUUCCGCCAGGCCAGUGGACGAGCAGGUCGUCGUGGCUUUGAUCUUCUGGGUAAUGUUGUUUUCCAACACGUCCCCGAGGCCAAGAUCCAUCGUCUGGUCAGCUCAAAGUUGCCCGAUCUCAAUGGCCACUUCCCUGUCACGGCCAGUCUGAUUCUGCGGUUGUUCAUUUUGUUGGAUGGCUCUAAGCAGGCGCCCUCGGCGGUGAAAUCUAUCAACUCGCUCCUGUCGAGUCCGCGAAUUUGCCUCGGUGGUGCAGAGAUGAAGAGUACUGUGCUUCACUACCUCCGGUUCUCGAUUGAAUACCUUCGACGGAACCACCUUCUUAGUAUCACAGGAUCCCCACUGAACUUUGCAGGCUGUGUCUCCCAUCUGUAUUACACGGAGAACUCUAGCUUUGCUUUCCAUGCCCUCCUUAGCUCCGGAUACUUCCAUCGUGCGUGCAAGGACAUUCACUCGAAGCCUCAAAAGACCAUCCGAAAACUUAUGCUUGUCAUGUGUUACAUCUUCAAACGGUACCCUCUACGCCAGUCCACAUUGGAGUCAUACCGAGCUCCAAAUAAAAAGACAUCAUCUAUUGUGAUACUUCCAGAUCUGCCAAAGGAAGCAGCUAAGGUACUGCGGGCUCACAACCAUCAAGUCCUGGAUACCUACACUGGUUACGUUUCCACCUUUAUUGAUCAGCAUGUCACCACACGUGAUCGUCAUCUGCCAUUCAGUAAUUUCAAGUGUGGUGGAGACAAAUCUGCUGCCGAGCUUGGCGUGAUGGACACAGAGUCCAUCAACUCUGCCCCGAAAAUCACAUCUCCAUUCUAUGCCCUCUCUGGGCAGGGUGACUCAUGGGGCACGGUUGCUGACUUGUGCGAAACAGUCGGCAAUGGCGUGUGGCUUGAAGAAUCAGCCAUUCCAUACGUACCUGGCCCCUCCAAAACUCACCCACUGAACGCAUACCUUUAUGACUUUUUCAGACAUGGAAAUGUUCACGAGCUGGAAAAGGGCAAUGGAGUCCGUCGAAGUGAUGUUUGGUUUGAACUGAACGACUUUUCUAUGAUCCUAGCAACCCUCACCACCAGCCUAAACAACAUCCUGAACCCAUCAGGAGCAGAUAUGGACAUGCUCAAUGUCGCCGGUGGUGGUGAUAUCCAUGAGGUUCAGACCGAAGAUAACAUUGCUGAGGAUGAGGGUCAGUCUGCUCAAAAGGAGGCUGCAAAGAGACACGCGGAAAGACUUCACCCCAAGCCGGCGGCACCACUGGCCUCGGUCAAAAAGAGCCGAGCAUCAUCCGCUGAUACGUUCGACAACUGGGAAGACGAGAUGGACGAUCACGAAGAAAAGGCUGCGGUGCAAGCUGAGAAACAGGCUGCGGCGAAGAACAAGCCUAAAGCGGUACACAAGGCGGGACUCAAGGAUGACAAGAAGUCCUUGCUUUUGGUUCUCCAUGCAUUCAAUUGCCUCCGGACUGAGUUUGACACAAAGUUCAAGAAGAUGUGGGCUUAA